AUGGCUGGGCUAGGCAAACACAGACAAGUUUCUCAUUUGCAGCUGGCAGCGGAACUCGGCAAAACUCUAUUGGAGAGGAACAAGGAACUCGAAACAGCUCUUCGUCAGCACCAGAAUAUCAUCGAAGACCAAACACAGGAAAUUGAGUACUUAACGAAACAGACGGUCGCGCUUCGUGAGGUGAACGACUCCAGGUUGAGGAUCUACGAGCAACUGGAAGUGAGCAUUCAAGAUUUGGAGCGCGCCAACCACAGGCUAGCUGUCGACCAUGCCGCGGAAAAGAAACACAUUAAAACUCUGUGCGCCACAAUUGAGACGCUGGAGACCAAAUGUGAGGAACUACAAAAGACUGUCGACGACCUAAACGCCCAGCUGGAGAUCUCCAGGCGAAGGGCAGAACGGAAACCCGAAGUUGAGAAACCCAAAGAAAAAGAGAAAUCUGUUGAAUUAACUCUCAGUGUCAAAAAGCCUGAUGUAAACAGUACACCGAUUAAGACGGUAGCACCUCUCCCAGAACUGACUAAAGAGGAUGAGGAUUUACUCAGGCUCAGCGAUGAACUCAGAGAGAGCAAGGUAGCGUUCGCACAAGAACAGAGGAGGGUGACGGAACUGGAGGAACAGUUGGCGUCAAUGGUCCAGGAGAACAACAGACUGCACGACCAGUUCAGGAAUUGGCAACAAAGGGAAGACGAGCCGAAGUCUAUGCAUGAAGAAUUCUCUAUCCUUGAAGAAGUCAGACAAGGACAGCUAUGCAUAAGAUGUCUGAGAGGCGUGGAGAGAGACGACAUGUCGUCUAUGCUAGACGGAGACGAUGAUGAUAGGAGUGCAAUCAGCUCUCUGAUCCUCCCUCCGUCUGGCCAGGAGCCCCGCGAAGAUCUCGUCACUAACAAACUUGUCAAAUUCGACAAUGCCAAGGAAAAGUUACUCCAGGGUAUAUGGGCGAAUAAAGAAGAUGGCCACGAUAACCCUUACAGAGAACUGGUGCAGAAGUACGAGGCUCUUCUAGAAGUUCAACUGUCACAGGUUAAGAACAUCAGAAAGACCAAACCGACCACUUUGCCCAGCACUCAGAAUCCGUGUGGACCUCUGUCUCAGGAUGAACUGCAAACUUCUGGAGACUACAGCCAGUUCAGUGUCAAAGAUACUGAUGAGGAAAGCGGACACGGCGAAGAACAGAAAGGAGUCGGCCAAACUAAGAAGGUCGAAACUACUUCGCGCAAGAAGAUCAUCCAGACUCCGGACUUCUCAGAAGCAGAGACUUCAAGCUCCGGAUUUUCGGAUGAAACCAGCAACAAAGCUACGCAGACAGAACGCGAACGACCAGGCUCGUUCUUGUGCACAAUCGCUGACGGAGAAGAUUACCGUUUCAGCAUCUACGAUGAUGUCAGCCCCAUGGACAGUCGGUUCCGCAACAGACCGGAGUACCGUGAACUGUUCAAGGAAAUCUUCACCAUCCUCAAGAAGGCGGCGGAGAACAAAGACGAUGGAGAGCAACUGCCGCUCCUCGAUGACACCACAGCUGGCAAGGUGCCACCAGUCACACCCGCGAACGAGGAGGCGCCCGGCAACUUCACAGAUGACACCCAGAGCGUAUUUUCGUCUGUAAUGUCUGAACAAUCGAUUCCAGUGUCCGAUAUUACCGUGCCCGAAACACCAACUUUGAAAGAAAAGGAGAAACCCCAGCCCGAAGCGGCAAAGAAGGAAGAAAAUGGUAACAAAGAGAACAAACCAGUGGCGGAGAGCACCACGGAGAAACCUAAGCCGAGCCCGGCACGUCAGCCCAAAGAGCACCCCGUCUCACGAGAACGCGUUCUCACUCCGCUGGUGCGUCAGCCACUAGAGUACAUAGCGGCCACUAGAAAGAAGUCCAGACAUCGCAAUCGCAAGCACAGCCAGGACCGCCAGGGCGCAGACUCGCCAGUCUUCCCGUCGCCACCUAAGAUCACCUACCAGAAGUCAUCGAGCAAGAAGAGGAGGGACUACAGGCCGAUCGAGGCGAGUCCCCUCGUCAGAGCGGCGGAGAACGAUUGGAACGGCUCCACGCUACAGUUCUACAACAGAAACUUAAACUCGCCGACUCCCAGCGCAAGCGGCCGGACCGGCAAGAUCUACCAGGGAUGGAACACCGAGACCGACUCGUGGGACAUCAAACAGAGCACUGCGUCACAGGAAAUUCACAAGCUGAGGAAACUAGAGCUUUCCUACGCUGAAGUACUGAGGAACGCCGACAAAACAAAGCCCCGGCGCAAAAAGCAUCAGUAAAUCAUAAGUUUUAUCUCAUCGACCCCUCUUACCAGUAGUAAGAGUCGCGUGAUCAACCGCCAUUUGUCAUUGCCAACUGGACAUAAGUAAUUUAGAUUAGUAUUUGUGAUCUGGUAGAGUAACUUUUAAUUUUACCUAUAUAUUCACAAUCACAAAUUGCCAUAAUAACCGGUAUAGUUAUUGUAUACCAGUAUAUUAUUUAUGUAUGUAUACUUCAAGUCCUAUAAUCAAUUUUAAUUUAUUGAACAUUCCCAAUAAAUACCCUUCCCUCCGAUAUCACAUUCGCCAAUCUAUUUCGUACGAAAUAAAUACUUGCAUUUAAAACCAGAGCACCUAUCUGUCUCAAGAUAGUUUAACUGCCUGAAAUUGAGUUCAAUUCGAUUUAUUUCCACUGAAUAAUUUAAUUCUUCCUAUUUUAGUCAUUAUUUUAAUUGUAUAUUAUGUAUUUGAUCAUUGAUUUGUAAAUAUGCAUUUUUAAGUUAAUUAUGUUUUUUUAAUUGCCAUCGAUAUUUUCGAAUAUUUCGAACAACGCGUUUAUGUAUGCGAAGGUAUUUAAUGGAGACAAAGUGAGAGAGAGGUUGAAGGUAUAAAUAAAAAUUUGCAUUGAUAUUAACAA